AUAUCGUACAGUCCCCAAACCCCUAUAUUUGUAUAGCAGAGGUGCCCUUGUGCUGGUGUGCAUGAAGAAACCUUUAAUCUUUGAAUCGAUAACACCCGUAGCGUAAGUCUCACAUGCUGUAAGAUGUCUCAAGAGAAGGGAGAGACGGCAGAUGAGUUCGGCUUGAGAAUGGUGAAAACCGUCUCUUCUGGGUUCGUCACCCUGGCGAUGUCCAUGGGCGUCCGCACAGGCCUGUUCCGCCACCUGGCAAGUAUGGACGGUCCGAAGACGUCUGCACAGAUCGCAGAGAUGGCAAACAUGAAGGAAAGGUACGUUCGCGAGUGGCUGGCCGUGAUGGUGACCGGUCAGAUUAUUGACUACGACAAGGAAAAGAAAACCUACUUCCUACCGAAGCACAGGCUGAGCGCCUUGUUGCCUGACGCGGGAAUGAGCAGCAUCGGGAACAUGUCACACCUAAUGAGCCAGGUUGCUCGGGUUGCGGGUGACGUGGAGGACUGCUUCCUAGCAGAUGGGCCCAAGG